GAGAGAGAGAUCUGUUCAUCCUCGUGCUGAAAGAUUCUCACGUCAUUGGUCUGAAAGUGUUGAUCACGUGACCACGGGGUCUCCAGCAUCGUACAGAAAAGGUGCAAGAUCAUCAUCACCAUUAUCACCACCACCACCACCACCACUUCGAGCUGCGCGCGCGGAAUCCACACAUAUACACACACACACACACACACACACACAGAGCGGAAGAUCGCGCUAGGACGAGAGACAUCACGCGCUAUCAGGACGGACGCACGAGCCCAAGGAUCUCCCAGCAGCAGGACGCUAACACGGGACCCUGUACAGAUCUCCUUCACUAGAGCAGAGCCAUGAAUUUUGUAAUGAAAGCAGCGAUGGGAGGCGGGCCCCCUGAUGUGGGAAAGAUGUUGGGAGGAGAGGAGGAUAAAGACCCCGAGGCAGAGAAAGAGAAAGAGGAGGAGAGACAGGAGGCUCUGAGGCAGCAGGAGGAGGAGAGGAAGGCCAAGUACUCCAAGAUGGAGGCCGAGAGGGAGGUGCUUCGCCAGGGCAUCCGGGACAAGUACGGGAUAAAGAAGCGUGAGGAGGCCGAGGCCGAGGCUCAGGGUGUGAUGGACGCGGCGAGUGAAGGCAGUCUGACUCGCCCGAAAAAAGCCGUACCAUCUGGGUGCGGAGACGAAGAUGAGGAGGAGGAGAGCAUCAUAGACACAGUGAUGAAAUAUCUACCAGGACCACUGCAGGACAUGCUGAGGAAAUAACACACACACACACACACACGUAAAAACACCACAGCGCACAAACUCAGCAUUAGGUAAUUUAAGAUUGUAACUUGUGCUUCCGCUAACAGCAGAGGGCGCACUUCAGGCUUAAACACAGUAAACCACCUCCUUCACUAGAUUCACAAUCCUCCUCUUCAUCCUCCCCAUCCUCCUCAUCCUUCCUAUCAUCUUCAUUAUCCACUUUCCCCUCGUCAUCAUACUCACCUACUUUCUCCUCCUUAUCUUCCCAUCCUCUCCUCCUCCUAACCUUUUUUCCCUCUUCAUCACCCUCUUCCUUCUUCUUCUCCUCCUCCAUCGCCUUGUUCCUCCUUCUUUGUAACUUCAUUCCAUCCCAUUCCUCCUCCACCUUUGUUCUCUUCUGUAUCUUCUUCCCAGUCAUUCUCACCAUCCUCUUUCUCCUCCCUCCAUCCUCUUCAAACAGGAUCGAUGUAAAUAGUUUUUUUUGGCUGUGUCCCAAAUGCUACAGGUCCAGACCAGAACAGAAAUGUUCACUAGCUAAGCAUCCAGUUGAGGGACUCCAGCGUUUGGGACGGAUGAAUGUUUCACAAUAAAAGCCAUAUCUGAUCUUUAAAAGCAGAACACAGAUUCAUCCCUGAGGCUACAGAAGCUGCAUGAGGUGUAGCCUACUUUUACUCUUUUCUACUGAAGUGUGGACGUGUCCCAAAUACACAUAUAAUCACUUCAUCUAUGCAUGAGUCUGUAACAAUGUAAAGAUUUAAAAAAUGCAAACAAGCUCCUGAUUUAGGCGCCAACAAGAUCUAAAGGCAAUAAUUAUAAUAAUGAUGAAGAUGCUUCAGUGAACCUGAACAUACCAAAAACCAUGUUUCCUCACCCUGACAGCAGAGCGACACUUCAGGUCAACACAAAUCCAUCAGAAGAAACGCAAUUUCCGUGUUUUUGUGUCAAAUAUUUUACAAAACAUGAUGAAUUUCUUCACACUGUUUUUCUUUCUUUUCCGGAAUCUUCUCAGCAAUAAUCACGUCUUCUGUUUGCUUGGCUUUGUGUAUCUCAGAGAACCUGAGUGAAUAUGGAAGGUGUAAUGAUGGUGUCAAUCAAAUAAACGAGUGCAAUAUAACCAUCUA